GCCGCCCCGCCCCGCCCCGUCCCGUCCGCCCGGACUUUACCUCCCGACCGGGCCCGCGUCGUUCCGGGCCAUGUGAACCGCGGGGCCGGGCCGCGGGGCCGCCGACCGGCAGCGGGAUGGAGCGCAGGAAGGUCUUCGUGGUGCUCGACGUGCUCUGCCUGGCCGUCGCGUCUCUGCCCUUCGUCAUCCUGACGCUGGUGAACUCCCCCUACAAGCGGGGCUUCUACUGCAACGAUGACUCCAUCCGCUACCCCUACAAGGCGGACACCAUCACCCACGGCCUCAUGGCUGGGGUGACCAUCACCUGCACCGUUGUCAUUAUCUCAUCGGGGGAGGCGUAUCUGGUCUACACGGAACGCCUCUACUCCAAGUCAGAGUUCAACAACUACCUGGCCGCCCUCUACAAGGUGGUGGGGACCUUCCUCUUCGGUGGGGCCAUCAGCCAGUCCCUGACAGACCUGGCCAAAUACAUGAUCGGCCGUCUCCGGCCAAACUUCCUGGCUGUCUGCAAUCCCGACUGGUCCAAGGUGAACUGCUCCAUCUACGUGCAGCUGGAGAACGUCUGCCGGGGUGACAGCGGGAACGUCACCGAGUCUAGACUGUCAUUCUAUUCCGGACACUCCUCCUUCGGGAUGUACUGCAUGAUGUUCCUGGCGCUCUACGUGCAAGCCCGGCUGGUGGGGAAGUGGGCCCGGCUGCUGCGUCCCACCAUCCAGUUCUUCCUCAUCGCCUUCGCCAUCUACGUGGGCUACACCCGGGUGUCCGACUACAAGCACCACUGGAGCGACGUGCUGGCGGGGCUGCUCCAAGGGGCUCUCAUUGCCGUCCUCAUCGUCCGUUACGUCUCUGACUUCUUCAAGCAGCGUCCCCCGCGGCAGUGCGACGAGAAGGACCCCGAGCGCAAGCCCAGCCUGCCGCUCACCAUGAGCGACCCCGACCGCAAUCACUACAGCUACCGGGGCGCCCCGUGAGCCGCGCGCGGCCACGCGCCGGACUGCACCACCUGCCCCUCGCCGCGCACCGCUCCUGCUGCGGGGGGACGGGGACCCCGGCUCCGUCUUCACCGUCGGCUCCACGUGCCUCCGGUUGCUGCAGGUACGUGCGGGGCGGCCCUGCACCCCCGGCUCCCCGCGGUGCCUCGGUGCUGGCCGGUGCCCGGCGAUCCCAGCGCCCUGCCCGCGGGAAGGGGGAGGUCCUCGGUCCCCUGUGCGUCUGAGUCACGCUCCAAGGCUGCCGUCCCAGCCCUCCGCACGAAGGGAAGGGAGGGGAGGGUGGCACGUGGGGGUGGAUUUAUCAGGCUGGCAAACCGCGCCGAGCAAAGAGCAAACUCGUCGGGAAGUCUGAGGUUGCCUGUGCCGAGUGCGUGUUAUCCCUGUCAAAUUAUCCGGCCUUACGAGUACAAAUCCUCGCGAGCACAGGGGGGAGGAGGACAGCUGCUGGGCUAGCAAUACUUUUUUUGGAAAGGAUUAAAGCGAUCCAGGGCUCUUCUCUGUUCCCUCCUUACCUUGAAAAGCAGUCUUGGCUGCCAGCAGCCCGUGCGAGCGAAGGGGCCACGGCCGGGCUUUUCUCCGGUGGUGCCCCAUGCUGGAAGCCAAGGGCUUGGUGUGCCCGUCUGCUUCGCGCCUGGCCUGGGGCGAGGGGGAUGCUUCAGCCUUUGUCUCUCCUGCGGCUUCAGCUGAUGCUUUAGGGGGUGCUGGGGGUGGGCAGGGAGGGUGUAGGGGAGAAGCUUUCUGUGGUAAAGGAAAAUAAAUGGGGAUGUGGAGCUGGACACAGGACUCCGAACUCCGUGGGAAGGUGAGGAACGGGCCACAGAGCCAUCCCAUCGCUGACACGCAGCCGCCUCCGGCGCCGGAGCGCUGUGGGCCUCUUCUUAAACUACACGCGUUUUGAUUAUGAUAUGUUUUUAUAAUUUUUUUUUUUUUUAAAUUAGAUCAUCC